AAGACAGAGUCCGCCGUUACCGGCCACGUUUCUGAUCAAAAUAAUUUUCUAAACAGUUUAAAAUCGUGUCCAAUUUGAUUUUGCUCUUUACAAGUUUACGUUUUCGGUUUUUGUCAAUUUUAUUACCCCCUGAUAACACUUAAUCCAAUCAGAGCAAGUCCGGUUAGGUUGUGUUGACGUGUUCCUGUCAUCUGAUUGUCAAUCAUAAAAUAAGUUCAAGCCACGUUGGAUGUCUCUCCUUUAACCGUUAGUGUUUUUACGUGUUUAAACAUGAAAGUGAAGGAUGUGGAACGCACUGCGAACGUGGCGUGGUCCCCCAAGAACCAGAGCCCCAUUCUCCUCGCAGCCGGGACAGCCGCCCAACAACUGGACGCCUCUUUCAACACCAAUGCCACAUUGGAGAUCUACUCCCUUAAUUUGGGGGAAUUGGGUCCCGAUAUGGUCCUCAAAGCCACAGCGACGAGCGAGCAACGCUUCUAUAAAAUCAUAUGGGGGGCCUAUGAGAGUCACGGGACCAUCGUGGGCGGGUGCGAUGGGGGCUUGGUGCAGAUUUACAACGCGUCCAAGUUGGUAAAUGGGGAGAAUGGGUUGGUUUGUCGCCAGAAUAAGCACACAGGGCCGGUGCAUGCCCUCGAUUUUAAUCCCUUUCAACAGAAUUUGUUUGCAACAGGGGCUGGGGAAUCGGAGAUUUUCAUCUGGGAUUUGAACAAUACUAACACACCCAUGAGUCCUGGGUCAAAAUCGCAACCUUUGGAAGAUGUUCUGGCUGUUUCAUGGAAUCGACAAGUGCAGCAUAUUUUAGCGUCAACUUUUGCCUCAAAGUGUGUCAUUUGGGAUUUGAGGAAGAACGAACCCAUUAUUAAAUUAACAGACACCGUUUCGAGGGUGCGGUGGAAAAUGAUUGCAUGGCACCCUGAAGUGGCCACUCAGCUGUGUCUGGCUUCUGAGGAGGACCACUCGCCCAUUAUCCAAUUAUGGGACUUACGUUUUGCCACCUCACCUCUUAAAACACUCGAAAAUCACCAACGAGGGGUCCUAUCAGUGGCGUGGUGUUCCGAUGAUCCCGAUUUAUUAGUCAGUUGUGGUAAAGACAAUCGUAUUAUUGCCUGGAACCCAAAUUCGAAUGAACCAAACGGGGAGGUUCUCUCCGAAAUUGCUAAAACGAAUCAAUGGACUUUCGAUGUUCAGUGGUGUCCGAGAAAUCCGGCCAUUAUUGCAUGUCCCAGUUUUGAUGGGCAUGUCUCGAUUUAUUCUUUGAUGGGGGGCAAAACCCAACAGAUCCAAACUACGGAUAAAAUCGCUGAUAGUUUUCCAGGAAUGGAGGGUUAUGUUCAAGCUCCGAUUUUGCAACAAAGUUCAGCGCCGGUCAGUGUGGAUCUUAGUAGGCCUCCGAAGUGGCUGAAGCGACCCGUGGGGGCCCGAUUUGGGUUUGGUGGGAAAUUAAUUUCGUUUGAUAACGUGGAUCAGCUCGGUCACCGAACCGUUCAAAUCAGUCAAGUUAUAACCGAACCGGAACUAGUCCAAAAGUCAACCGAACUAGAACAAGCACUAGAGUACGGAAAUUUUAGCGAGUAUUGUUCACGCAAAGCUGAAACGACAAACGAUCAACACACUAAAUACAUUUGGCAUUUUUUACGUGCCAAUUUUGAGGAUAAUCCACGUUCAGAGUUAUUAAAUUUGUUGGGUUAUCGAAUCGAGGACGUGAAUAAUAAACUCAAUCAAUUUGUAAAUCGGAAAAAAGUGGAUGAAGUGACGAAUCGUUUGGAGGAUUUGAAAGAUCCUUUUGAUGCAAUCGCGGAGGGAAAAUCAACGACGACACCUUUUAAAAUCAAGACAGGGGAUGAUACAGAAGGGUUGAUAACACAAGCACUGCUUUUGGGGAAUGUUGAAGCUGCGGUUGAAUUGUGUUUAAAUGCGAAACGUUUUGCUGAUGCUAUUAUUAUUGCAAUGACAGGUGGUUCGGAUUUGUUGGCGCGCACCCAACAUGCCUACUUGGAGCAAUGUGAGGGUUAUGUUUCGUCGUUGAUUUCGGCUCUAGUCUCGGAAGAUUGGGCUUCUGUUAUCAACAAUUGCGAUUUGAGUAGUUGGAAGGAGGCCCUUGCGGCCACUUUGACCCAUUCCACCGACGAGGCUUUGCCCCUUUUGUGCGAACAAUUGGGACAUCGACUCGAAAUUGAAAGCCACGGAGACGUUAAACUAAAACAAGAUUCGCAACUUUGUUACAUCUGCGCCGGCAGUUUCGACAAUCUUGUCAAUUCAUGGAGUGGAAACGCGAGGAAUUCCACCACAGAUUUGCAAGAUUUGGUCGAACUUGUCGUUUUUUUGCAAAAGGCUGUGGAAAGGCAAGGACGUCAAGUGCAGAUUUCCGGCGCUUUGGCCGAUUUGUUGAGUCAUUAUGCGUCGAUUUUGGCCUCACAGGGGAAUCUAUCGACGGCUUUGAGUUAUUUGGGGAGUUCCCAGGACGAGAAAGUUGCCUCUUUGAGGGAUCGAUUGUAUAUUAGUUUGGGCCAGAAACCGGCAUAUGGGGCGCGACAGCAGUCACAAAGUCGAAGGUCGAGUCAAAGACAGUCGUUUUCUAGUUUUCCUAACGUGGGGGCGCAGUUUAAUACGCCGGUGUCUCAGGCAUGGCAACAGCAGCCCCAAAUUGGGGCGUUCAAUCAACCAACGAGGACGUUCUCGCCGGCGCCGCCGAGUCAGCCCCCGAGGCCUCCCAGUGUGGGCUCCAAUCAUGGUGGUUCCGGAUCCGGUUUGCCGUCCCGCAAAUACGUUUUGGACCCUUCCGUGACGUCAAACCCCUACGGAGCACCCACGAGGAACAUGUACGCCCCCCAGCCCGUCUCCAACUUCCAGAACAAUAAUUAUCCAGCCCCAUCACCGAUGACACCUUUGGUUUCUUCCAAUAAUAAUUACGUACCCAAUCCUGUACCAAUGGUGCCCAAUCCAGCGCUUAAUCCAACUCCUUUGGUACCAAACAUGCAACCCCCGCCUUCUAUGACGAGCGAAAUGGGGCAACCUGCAACCGAGAAAUACUUUCCUACUAGUGCCCCCGGCUGGAACGAUCCACCGCCACUAAACAAACCAAUAAGACCACAGCCUAAACCAGAGGCGUCCCUACCGUCUCAACCUAUAACUCAUCCGCUAUAUGGGGCAGCCCCCACGAACAAUGGUUAUGGAAACGAACCCCAAAUGUUCCAACCCCAACCAACUAAUAAUUUCCCUCCAAGUAACAAUUUCGCGCCUCCUACUACUUUUAAUCCGACGGGUUUUAAGUCAAAUGCCGUUAGUUUUAAUCAGGUCCAAAACCAAUCCCCCGCUAUGGCCCCAGAGAAGCCCCAACCUAUCCAAAAACCACCGAUUCCUGAAGAACACAUACACAUGCAAACUGUCUUUGAUGAGUUGAAGUAUCAGUGUAGUUGUGCGGCUAAUAACCCGCAAACUAAGCGAAAAUUGGAAGAUGUUGGGAGGAAAUUAGAGUCGUUGUAUGAUUUAUUAAGGGAACAGAAACUGUCACCAAAUACUUUAUCCGCGUUGCAUCAAAUGGUACAAGUGGUGCAAAAUGGGGAUUAUACAGGAGGAUUGAAUUUACACACCCAAUUAGUAUCAGGGCCCGAUUUCGCUCAAAUUGCCAGUUUUAUGCCGGGGCUUAAAGUUUUGUUACAGUGUGCUUUACAAUUACAAGUUUAUUUAAGAUAAGGUCUAACCACGUAUUAUUCGCUCUAUUCAUUUUAUGAGUUGUGUUUUAGAUGUUUAUUUUUUUCUAUUGAUAGUUGGAUAUUAAUCAAAUUAUACUAAGCUGGAGCUUUUUUAAUUAAAUAAAUUAUAAUCAAAU